AUGUAAAAUUCAUAAAGUGAAUUAUAACCUGAUCCUUGGCAAUUGUAUUUACCCUAUGAUAAUAAAUACUAACUUAAAGGAUGUUGUUUCAAAACUAGACCUAAUUGGAGAGAUAUGAAAGGUAUUAAAUUAUUAACACAAGAUAGAACGAUAAUCACAAAUAUUUAAGAUCGUGAUCUACCUGAUAAUACUAUUAAAACUUGCAAAUAUACAUUUUGGACAUUCUUACCCUUGAAUUUGAUAGAAUAAUUUUCAAAAAUGGCUAACAUCUAUUUCUUAAUCAUUGGAUAUUUAGAAACUAUUGCUUUAAUUUCUAUUACUGAUGGAUAACCUAUAAUAUGGUUUCCUUUAUUUAUAGUCAUAGCUAUUUCAGCAGUUAAAGAUUUUUUUGAAGAUCAUAAACGAUAGGUUUCUGAUAUCGACGAGAAUAACCGGUAUUCAAUUAACAAUUAUUUUAUUAAGAAUAGCAUUAGUUCUGACAAAUUAUGGAUUGAUUGAAAAGAAAUGGUCACAAAUACUAGUUGGAGAUAUUAUUAGAGUUGAAUAAGGAGAAUACUUUCCUGCUGAUGUUAUUGUUAUUAAAACUAGUGAAAAAGGAAAUUGUUUUAUAGAAACUAAAAAUCUAGAUGGAGAAACUAAUCUAAAAAUAAAAAAAUAGCAUAAAUCACUUUAAUUUACAAGAAAUCUUAAUGAUCAUAAUUUAUAUAAAGAAUAAAUCUUAAUCCAUUAUGAUAAGCCUAAUCCCUAUUUAUACAAAUUUAAUGGUACUAUUACUAUGCCUCCUGAUCAUAAUCUUAGUGAUGGAGAUUAAUCUAGAGAUUCUAUCAUAAAUUAUGAUGCAGAACAUAGAAAAGUAUAUCAAUUAGAUGAAGUCAAUUUCAUUUUAAGAGGAUGUUCAUUAAGAAAUACUCAUUGGAUUUAUGGAUUAGUAGUUUAUACUGGAUUUGAUACCAAAAUUAUGUUAAAUUCAACCAAAGCUAGACCUAAAUCAAGUACUUUAGAAUCAUAAAUGAACUUCUUUAUUAUACUAGUGUUUUUUAUGUAAAAUAUAUCUAAAAAUAAAUAGUUAAUUAGUUAUUUGCUUAUUUUCAGCUUAAUAUUCAGUCUUUUGGUAAUUAAAUAAUUUUAUGGAUAUUCCUUAUCUUGAGUUAGAUGAAAAUGAUUUAUAAACUAAUAUUGUUUUUAGAACAAUGGAAAGAUGGGGAACUUGGUUAUUAAUUUAUACAAAUUUUGUUCCAAUCUCUUUGUUAGUGACUUUAGAAAUGGUAUGAAAAUAAUUUGUAUCUAGGGUAGGUUAAAUAUUUACAAGGUAUGAUGAUAGAAAUUGAUAAAGAAUGUAUGACUUAAAAUCAAAAAACUGAAGUACAAACUUCAAAUUUAAAUGAAGAGUUAGGUAAUGUGAAUUAUAUGUUCACUGAUAAAACAGGAACUAUCACUAAAAAUUUGAUGGAAUUUAAAACUAUAUCUAUUUUUGGAAAAUCAUAUGGGAUGAUAAAUAAUAGAAGUUAAAUUUUAAAUAAUUAAGAACUAAAAAAUAUGCCUGAAGUAACUAAUGUUGAUUUUAAAGAUAAAUAACUUUUUAAUGAUUUACAAUAGAAUGAUGAGCAUUCUAGAAGAAUUAUAGAAUAUUUUAUGCAUCUUACAUUAUGUCACACUAUUUUGGUGGAAUAUGAAUAAGGUAAAAUCAAGUAUAACGCCUCUUCUCCAGAUGAAUUAGCAUUAUUGAUGGGAGCAAAAUUUUGUGGAUUUGAAUAUGUUGGAUUGGAUGAUGGAAUGAUGAUUGUGAAAUACAAAGAUUAGUUGAUAAAAUAUAAAUUACUAUAAGUAUUAGAAUUUACUUCAGCAAGAAAGAGGAUGUCUGUUAUUGUUUAAGAUUAAAAUGAUAAAAUAAUAUUAUUGUGUAAAGGAGCUGAUUCAAUGAUAAUAAAUUUAUUAGAUAAAUAAAACAUUUAAAAUUUAGAAUUAUUGCAAAUUACAGAAUAACAUUUAGAAUAAUAUGCUGAAAAAGGAUUAAGAACAUUAUUGUUAGCAUAAAAAGAAUUGAGUCAAUAAUAGUAUGAUGAAUGGAUAACCAAAUAUUUGAAAGCUGGUUUAUAGACAAUUAAUAGAGAUGAACUAUUAUUAAGUUUAUAAGAUUAAAUAGAAAAAAAUUUAAAUUUAAUUGGAGGAACUGGAAUUGAAGAUAAAUUAUAAGAUGAUGUUGGUAUUACAAUGUAGAAAAUAUUGAAUUCAGGUAUUAAAAUAUGGGUAUUAACAGGAGAUAAAUUAGAAACUGCAAUAAAUAUUAGUUAUGCUUGUAAUUUAUUAAAUGAUUCACAAUAAAAAAUAGUGAUUUCAGCGGAUGAUUAAUUUGAAGCAUAAUUUAAAAUUAAUUAAGGUUUAGAUUAAAUGAAAUCUUAAUUUUUAAAUCGUACUACUGCAUUGAUAAUAUCAGGAGAUUCAUUGAUUCAUUUAGAUGAAAAAUAUCAUAUAAAAUUUAUAGAAUUAGCUAAAUAAUGUCAUACAGUAAUAGCUUGUAGAGUAUCACCAAAAUAAAAGCAAGAAUUAGUACAAUUAGUGAAAGAUAACAUAUAUAAUAUAGUAACAAUGGCAGUAGGAGAUGGAGCUAAUGAUGUUAAUAUGAUAACUGCAGCAAAUAUAGGAAUAGGAAUAAAAGGUGUUGAAGGUAAUUAAGCAGCAAGAGCAGCAGAUUAUUCAAUUGGUGAAUUCAAAAUUUUAUAAUAAUUAUUACUCUAUCAUGGAAGAGAAUGUUAUAGAAGAAAUUAAGUACUUGUUGGAUAUAAUUUCUAUAAAAAUCUACUUAUUGUUUUACCACAUUUUUGGUUCUCAUUUUAUAAUGGAUUUUCACCUCUUAAUUUAUAUGAUCCUUGGCUUUAUCAAUUCUAUAAUAUGUUUUAUACAAGUCUUCCUAUUAUGAUAUAUGCAAUCUUAGAUUAACAAUAUACACCUAAGUUUCUUUUAUAAAGUAUUAAUUUUAAUAUCAUUAGAUCCACAACUUUAUUAAACAACGAAUAAAGUUAAUCUAUUGACUUUCUUUUUUUGGUUUUGCUCAGGUGCAAUACAAUCAGCAAUUGUCAUUUAUUCAGUUUUUCCAUCUAUGGAAUAAACAAGUAUUGAUAAAGAAGGAAGAAUACUCUUUCUUUCAUCAGUUGGAAUGGCUGUAUUUUGUUAUGCCAUUAUAAUUGUAAAUCUGAAAAUCUUUGUCUUCUCUUAUAUGAAUUCCAUAGGAUCUGUGCUAUUUAUAUUUGCAUCAAUCUUUCUGUAUUUAUUAACUUAUUUGUUUUUAUCUAAAGUUUCCAAUAAAUUGGACAUUUCACAUACAUUCAUCCAUUUGUUUUCAAAUGCUUAAUUUUACUUUAUAUUGAGUGGAAUAAUUGUUUUGACAAUCUUUUUUGAUUUAGCACUUGCAAGAUGGUCAAUAUUUUCAGAAUAAGAAUUAUUUGAAAUCCAAAAAAUCAGAGAUAUAUAAGAGCCUCCUCCUUAAUCAAUGAUGCCUCCAGAUAGAUUUGAAAAUCUAUUCUAGGAAGAAGAUGCAUAUGAUGAUACUUCUGCACUUCUACCCAUUAAACCAGUUAAAAAUAGAAAAUAUACUGGUUAUGCUUUUGCUUAAUAAGAAAAGAAGCUUGAUGAAGCCCUUAGAAAUGCAGAGAAUUGA